AUGAUCUCGCCGACACUCCAUUCCUCCCUCCUCCUCCUCCUUCUCCUCCUCUUCUUCCUCCUCCUCCUCCUCCUCCUCCUCCUCUCCCCUCCCCCAACACGGUGAGUCGCAGCUGAGACCCACAACACCUAUCCUCACCUCCCGCACCCAUUACAACACGAUGCACAAAUCCCCCUCGCAAGGUCGUCUGCUUACCUCUCUGUCUGUGUCCUCAACCAGCAGUGUGACAAUCCCCCUCUCACUAUUCACUUGGUCUGACGACGAAUUGAUGUAACCAGCUCGAAAAUUUACGAGUAAAACGCUUCUUUUCUGACGAAAUUCCUCCCUUCAUAUAUAGAGAAUGACGGGUGGCGAGUUACCGAUGAACUUCGGUUCGAUGAAGCGCCUAUGACCCAUCUGGUAGACCUCAUUGGUGUACCAACUGCGCCAGGAGCAUUUGUGUGCAUGUUUUUGUUUCCGGUCCCACCUGCUGGUCAGGGUUAUGAUGGGCUGAAUGAAGGCGAAAUAAAUCCGAAACAGUACUGUAUCAAUCUACCCGGUUUGAAUUUUGACGAGCAAGAAGGACAUUUUCAAUCGAGUUCCUCACUGGAAACAGUUAGUCCUGCAAAAGCAAUUGAAUUCCAAAACGCAUUGUUGCAUACUACCCUCAGCCUUGCUGUCAUUGUUGCUCUAAUCGUACGACUAGGACAAUUUUCUGCAAACCUGGCGAUUCUGCUGGCAAUCUGAACCUAGCCAACACAGCCUACAAAUCCUACAUAUCGUCUCGAACUGUCCACCGUACCUUUGGAACAGGACCUACUAAAGGCUGGGUCGAUAAUUUCUACACUGCUUGUUGAACCGCUUAGAUUUUUGUACCUGGCAUAUUACCAAAAAGUUUCAGCUAAAAAGUCCUCCAGGCCUUGCAUUCUUGAGAUUCUCCGACAAACCCAACCAUACACACAGUCUUCCCUAUUUGGCCCUAGGCGACGCUUUUUUCUUCGAUUCCUGUGGCCUGCCCCUUUCCAUAACUUCACAGCAUUACUGAAGUACGCACUGACGUCCGAAAGGUAGGGCCCGAGUGUGGAGUCGAUCCAGCGAUCACCACUUGCUUAGUCAAGUGCGCUAACCCCCGACCAAGCUAACGCCACCAAUAUGCCUACUGGACGAGUAACCAGAAGUAGGGCAAAAGCCCCCAGCAUAAUAGGCACGCCAGCACCUAUUACAGCAGCCCCAGAACGAAUAGCUAAAAAGCGAGGAACUAACGACCAGAAAGAAAACCCAAAAACUGGAGAGACAAAGAAAUCCAACUGUAAAAAGGCCGAGGAAAACGGACGGCUGCUUCCGGAAGAUGCCUCUUUAGCGGCCGAAACAGAGACAUUGACAGAUGCUCCGUACCUCAUGGCAAAUGCUGUCUAUCCAAACACCUUUGCUGACUCUCAGAAACAGUCCGAUCUUAAUACACCUAGUACGAGCGGUGGAAUCGAUUCAUCCAUCACAGCCACAGAGUUCUAUCCGCAGUCUUCUCUGCCAAGCGCUUCUUCCAAGGUUGUCAACAUAACAGUCAAACAAACAGACGACGUAAGCGCAUCUGCUCCACCACCACCACCAGCGCGUAGUCCCAGAGCGUUACAUCAUUUAGGAGACCACAAUUCCGUAGAAAAUAAAAAAAGAGACCGACAGAGAAAAAUGUCUUAUUAUUCAGGGGCUCCCUGAAUCAAGUGCAAAUACUACCAAGGAGCGGAUAUCGGAGGACCUAUCACUCUUCCAAGGUCUUCUCAAUAAUAUUUUGGAAUCCACGGUGGCUAUUGAAGUGAUCAAGGCCUUCCGCCUUGGAAAACGAGCAGAUAAUCCAUCAGUGUCCAUUCGUCCCCGACCUCUUCAAGUUGUGCUGGCCAGCAGCGACCAAGGCAGUCUCAUUUACUCCAGGCAAUUCAGGAUUAAAGGCUCCAACCCAGGUGUUUUUUUCAACCGGACUACUCGCCAGCGGAAAGGCUCAAACGUCGUCAGCUAGUUCUGGAACUUAGAAAGAGGCUCAGCGAGAGGGAGAACAAUGUAGUUAUAUACAACAACCAAGUACGGCGGCGUCCAUCACUCUUCCUUUGUACAGGUCCAGUCAGAAUGACCGCGCAGCCGACAUAUUAAGUGGAGGCGCUAACCAAAAUGUAACCACAUCUUCCGUCAGCUGGAAAUUGAAAUUCUUGAACACCAACGUGCAGAGUUUGCUAUCAAAGUUCGACGAGCUGAAGAUCCACCUCUGCGACCUAUCCCCUGACGUAAUCUCUCUAACAGAAACUUGGUUGACCCAACAUGUGGACGACCGUGAGCUGGCCUUGCCUGGCUACCAGAUGUUUAGAAGGAAUAGGGAAGGGCGUCAGGGAGGAGGCGUACUAACGUAUGUAAAAAAUGGGCUAAAUGUAUCAGACAAGACCGAUAACCUUUCGUGCAGUUCCGAGGCAAUCUGGUUGUCUAUUAAAGUGCCGAGCUCGCCUAGCCUCGAUGUCCUGACAGUUUAUCGACCGCCGAGACGGAACAACAUGGCCGACGCUCGCCUGCUGGAGGAGCUCGAAAAGUUCGCUACGCGGCCGGAUAUCCUGAUCAUGGGUGACUUUAACGCGCCCCAUAUUGACUGGAGCUCAACCCACGUAAACAGCUCAGAACAGGCCUUCGAUAGGAGUUUUCUGAACACGGCACUAAAUCUAUUUCUCACUCAACACGUCAUGUUACCAACUAGAGUACGCGAAGGCCAACAAGCCAACUGCCUUGAUCUUUUCCUUACGAAGUCACAGGACAGCAUUGAUGAGGUGUCAUGCCUACCCCCCCCCCCCUUAGGUAAAAGUGAGCACGUCGUUCUUCUAUGGGAUUACUCGCUUUUUUCCAUGCCCAAGAAACCCGGGACAGUUAGAAGAAACCAUUGGCGCGGGGAUUUCGACCAAAUGAGGGCUGAAAUUUGACUCAUUGAGUGGGAGGCCAUAUUUGUUGGGAGCAUACUCGAAGGCUGGCAACGGUUCCGAGAAAUUCUGCACAAGCUGAUCGUAAACCACUGUCCGCUUUCACGGAAGAGGUUAACGAACAGACCUCGAUGGCUUACGCAAGUCUUGAAGAAUAAAGUGAAUAAAAAUCGAAGGCUGUGGAAAAAAACGCUUUCUGACAGGAGCCCCACAUCUAUAUGCGCGCACAAAAUUCAAAGAAACCGAGUCAAGAGCCUUAUUCUCAAAACUAGAAGGGAAUUCGAACGGGAUCUGCUUAACCGUGUCGCGAAGAACCCUAAAUUAUCCUACGGUUACAUUAGGCAGUGCACGCGGAACAAGGACCCAAUACCCCUGAUAAGGACUGCUGAAGGCGAAAAUCUCACUGAAGACAAGGCGAAAGCUGAUCACUUUUCAGAAUUUUUCGGUCUGUUUUUAGUAGCGAAACAGGAUCCAACCCUUCGGUCCUUCAACACUUUGAAGACACCACAAUUAUGGAGACGGUUCAGUUCAUUUAGAGUAUGGUUCUGACGGAGUUGCUGAGGUUAAAGGAAUCCAAAUCACCAGGUCCCGAUGAGAUUACGGCAAAGAUUUUGAAGGAACUCGCCUGUGAGUUGUCUAAGACACUCUCUAUGCUUUUCCAUACAUCGUUCGAGACCGGAUAUCUGCCACCUAACUGGAAGUCGGCGUGGAUUACGUCGCUGUGCAAGGGCGGAAUUCGGGUCUCUGCGAACAAUUAUAGACCUGUCAGCCUCACCUGCAUUUGCUGUAAGAUUGUGGAGAAGAUAAUAAAGCAACAAUUAAUGCAGUUCCUUGAACAGAACCAUUUGCUUUCCGACUCCCAGCAUGGAUUCCGAAAAAGCAGAUCCUGUGUGACAAACCUGUUCUACUGUCUGGAACACUGGACUAGGGCUGUUUAUAGAGGAGAUAUGGCGCAUUUCAUCUAUAUCGACUUUAAAAAGGCCUUCGAUAUUGUGCCUCACCACCGCCUUCUAUACAAACUUAGCCCUGCAGGAGUGCAAGGUAAGCUUCCGAUGUGGAUUGGAGCUUUUUAAUCGGCCGCUCUCAAGCCGUUCACAUCAGUGACCAGCAAUCUGCCGAAUUUGUCAUUAGGAGUGGUGUUCCCCAAGGCUCUGUUCUUGGCCCUACACUGUUCCUCGUAUACGUCAAUGACUGCGCAAACGAACUGAAUUGCGAUGUCGCAAUGUUUGCCGAUGACAUAAAGAUAUGGAGUACCAUACGAAGCGAAGUUGACGAGGAGCGACUGCAGACAAAUCUGGACCACAUUGAGCAAUGGUCGAAAGACUGGCUUCUACCGUUCAACGUAAACAAGUGCAAUUACCUACGCUUCGGAAGAGCCAGUUCUCCUAACCACACGGUCUACCGUCUGACUGGUAAACCACUGCAAGAAGUCGAGGCCCAGAAGGACUUGGGUGUAUGGAUCACAGCCUCGCUUAAGCCUUCACUACAAUGUUCAAAGGUGGCCAAGUCGGCGAUGUCCAUGCUAUACCUUGUCAAACGGCCGUUCUCCUCCUUCGAUGAAGACUGCUUCGCCAAGGUCUUUCAGACUUUUAUGCGACCGCAUCUGGAGUUUUCUAUCCAAGCAUGGCGACCCUGGACCGCUAAAGACCUGGGCAUACUCGAAAAAGUUCAACGACGAGCAACGAAACUUGUAUCUGGGCAGUGGUCACUACCCUACGAAACGCGAUUAGCUAAUCUUGACCGCUUUCCUUUGAGUUACAGACAGCUACGCGGGGACCUGAUACAAGCUUUUUGUAUCGUGCGCAAUCAGGGCUGCUGCCUCGCAUCAGGAGACUUCUUCGAGAUGGGGACUACGACUAACCUGAGAGGCCAUCCACUCAAACUAUGUGUGACUGGUGCCCCGCUAUACACACGAAAGUUCUUCUUCAACAGAGUAAUUGCAGCUUGGAAUGCCUUGCCUGAGGAUUUUUUUAUGUCGGGCUACGUAGAUACUUUUAAACGGAAGCUAGAUCACCAUUGGAGCUCGAACCAAAAUAACGGCGGUCUAGCGUCACCUUGAUAGCCGAAUUGACAAUUGAGUGUUAUGAAAAUGCUACUACCAACGUUUGAGUAACAUAUGUUUAUGUAAUUUACUAAUCCAGGUCACGUAGCGCACUGCUGCCCGCAUUUACCAUGAUACUUUUAAAAUAAAAAAAAUACUUCUUUUCCCGUUUCUUAAGUGUACAUCAACUGUCCGUUGUAUUUAAUCGACAAAGCAAGUUAAUGUGCCUCUAAAUCCUGUUAACGCCUGACAUUCUGUGUUCAUCUGCACAGUUUUUGUUAUUCCCCUCGCAUUUCUUUCAUGUUACUCCCUUUCAAUUCCAUCCCUAUACUUCCUCUGCAUGUAACCAAUAGGGUUUCAAAGGUACAAACCUACUUUCCCUGCAAUUUACUGAUACUGAUACCCUCAUUCUCUGUUUAAGUGGUGUUUACCGAUCGUUCUCACGGAAAUCACGCCUUCCAUUGCGCCUUACGGGUUCUCUCUCGAGCCCGUUGCCCGUUGGUUAGAGGCGUUGGACUUCUAACUGGUCGCGAGUUCGAGGCUCGACUGUUCCACACUUCGGGGUUGGGUAUGGCUGGCUGACGACGGCUAAUAAGCCAGAAAUGGCCAUUCCAGUCUCCCUUGUCUUUGUCGGCAAUACCAGUCUGCCUAUCUAUCAUGCGCCGCUAUGCGGCUGCUGGUUGGGCUCGAGAGAGAGUCCAUAAGGCACAACGGAACGAGUGAGUUCCGUAUGAACGAUCGGUGAGCGCCCCCUAACAUUGUAUAUUCCCGAUCGAAAACCGACAAGGCGACGGGCUCGUGGCCCAGUGAGUAGAGGCGUUGACUUCUAAACCAACAGGUCGCGAGUUCGAGGCUCGGGUGUUCUACACUUCGGGCUUGGGUAUGGCUGGCUGACGACGGCUUAUAAGCCAGAAAUGGCCAUUCCAGUCUCCCUUGUCUUUGUCGGCAAUACCAUUCUGCCUGUAUGUACAUAUAUAUUACUUAAGUAACUCACUAAGAGUGCAAGAGGUCAGACGAAGACAGCUGUUUCACGGUCGUUUCCGUCAUCAGUACGUCGCGUAAGAUCCUUACCACAACAGUGAGGGCCAGACGCCUACUUGACAAAUAUGUAUGUAUAUAUUGUUGAAUAGAGAAAAAAUGCGCAGCUGUACCAAAAAUGAAAAGAAGAGGCGAUCACGGGAGCCAUAAAUUAUCGUCUCCUCUUCCCAUAUAUACAUAUAUUUAAUCAGGAAUGGGCGCACACCGAUCUAUUGGCUUCACGAAACAAACAAACUCCGUAUAUAUGCAGAAGCUAACUACCGACAAAGACAAGAGAAACUGGGGCAGAUAUUUCUGACUUAUUAGGCGUCAUCGGUCAGAUAUAUCUAACCUCAGGCUUUCAAAGCCUGAGGUUCAAACCUGCGUCCACCUAGCUGCUAUUCCAAAGCUCUAACCAUCAGGCAAAAUCCCUCUUGUCGCAGUUAAACGUAGCCCAAACAACACCAAAACGAAAAAAGUGCAUUGAGGUCAAAGAAGGGCUUUUUACUAAAAUUCGAAGAUUCCGGAUUCUGUAACGACCGUGUUUUGAAAAAUUUGAUUCCCGCGGUCUUUCCACCAGAAUAUCUUUUCUGUCUUUAUUGUGCAGUUUUUAGGAGAAGUAAAUUAAAAUAGAAUCAUUUUCCUUCAUCUGUAACUAGGGGAGGUUACCGUUAGGAGUGGUGUUCCCAAGGCUCCGUUCUUGGCCCUACACUUUUGAUUAUAUACGUCAACGAGCGUGCAUAUGAACUGGAUUGCGAUGUCGCAAUGUUGACUGAUGAUAUAAACAUCUGGAGUGCCAUACGAAAUCAAUUUGACGAAGCGCGAUUGCAAACAAACCUAGACCGUCUCGAGCAAUGGUCAAACGACUGGGUAUUGCCGUUUAACGUAAACAAGUGUAACUUCCUGCGAGUUGGAAAAAUCAUUUCUCCUAUAUGCAUGGUCUACCGUCUGACCAGCAAACCAGUGGAAGAAGUCGACGCCCAGACGCACUUAGGUGUGUAGGUCACGACCUCGUUCAAGCCUUCGCUGCACUGCCUAAAGGAAGCAAAGUCGGCGAUGUUCAUCCUAUACUUCCUCAAACGGGCGUUCUCUUCCUUUGAUGAAGAACGUUUCGCUAAGGUUUUUUGGGUUUUAUGCGGCCGCAUCUGGAACUUGCUAUCCAAGUGUGGAGACCCUGGACCACUAAAAACCUCAGCAUACUCCAAAAAGUUCAACAGCGAACAACGAAACUUGUAACUGGACGGUUGUCACUGCCCUACGAAACACGAUUAGCUUAUCUUGAUUUCUUGCCUUCGGUUUACAAGCAACUACAAGGUGACCUAAUACAAGCUUUCCGCAUCCUGGGUAAUCAGGACUGCCGCCUCGUAUCAGGAGACGUCUUCGAUUUGGCGACUACGACUAGCCUGAGAGGUCAUCCACACAAACUAAGUGUGACUGGUGUCCGGCUAGACACACGAAAGUUAUUCUCCAGCAAAGUGGCUGCAGCUUGGAAUGUUUUGCCUGAGGACGUUGUUAUGUCUGGAUCCGCAGGAACUUUUAAAAGGAGGCUGGAUCAACAUCGGAGUGCGCACCACAAUGCCACCCGACCGCAGCCAUCUUGAUAGUCAACGCUGACAAUCUACUUCUAUAAUAUAAUUACUACUACUACUACUACUACUACUACUACUACUACUACUACUACUACUACUACUACUACUACUACUACUACUACUACUACUACUACUACUACUACUACUACUACUACUACUACUACCAAUGUUUAAGUAAUAUCAGUUUAUGUGAUUUAUUAAUGUUUGCACUACGGCGCACGCCACUGUCCGCAUUCAGCAAGAUGCAUGCCGACUACAAGCCUUAUUACUUUCCUUGCAGCGUAGGUGUGCUUCAAAUAUCUAUUGUAUUAAUCAAAACACCGAGUUCUUGUGUCUUAAAUACUGUUAACGCACGAAAUACUGUGAUCAUCCGUACAGUUUUGAUAUUCUUUAGGGUAAGCGGAUUCCUUACUAACAGCACAGGUACUAGCCAAAAGCACGCACACGCGUGUUUCGUCGAUAUUCUGCUGCUGAAUGACACAGCUGCAAAGGGUUCGGCUCAUCAGUGGGUCACCAGCAUGUCCCGUCUGCUUUCUGGUAGAUACCCCAAUUUAGAAAUUGUUGCUUUCAAAUUUUCUCAGAAAUUAACUGCCACCUUGGAGUAGAUCAGUAUAUCGUAGGUCUAUAGGCUCAGAUCAAAGUUUUUGUAUAUGAAUAUUUGUGCUGAAGUCCAACAAACACAGCGGGCAACCGAUGAACUUCGACUCAAAUAUUCAUACAUAAAAACUUCGGCCUAAGCCUGAAGACCUAGAAUAUACUAAUCUACUCGAAGUUUGCAGUUACUUGCUGAGGAAAUUAGACACUAAAAGUUUUGAUAUUCCCCUUGUAUAUCUUUCACGUUACUCCCAUUCAAAUUUUUCAUAUACUUCCUCUGCGUGUAACAAAUACGGAGGUUAGAACGCAGCUGGUAGCAAGGAAUGUGUAAGCGGAACGCAACAGAAAUCAUAAAACCCAACGCUAAGCCAAACCCUAGCCAUAAGCCUAAGCCUAAACUUUGCUGUCAAUCUAACCUUAACCCUAACCCUGACCUCAUCCUUAAAACUAGACCUAACCCUAAGCUUAACCCUAAUAAUGACCUUAACCCUAGCCCUAACCUUAGCCUUAAACCUAACUCUAACCCUAAACCUGAGCCUAGCCCUAGCCUUAACCCUAACCUUAACCCUAAUCCUAACAGUAAUCCUAACGGGAACCUUAACCGUAGUCCGGUAACAUAGUCCUAACUCUAAAAUCUAAUCGCAACCGUAAUACCGAAACCUCAUCGUAAAGUCUAACCUUAACCUUAACCCCGAAAUCUAACUCUGAAAUCCUACUCCUAACCCGAAAAUCGGAAAACCGUAAACGUGAACCCUAAUCCUAACCUCAACCCUGAAACGGAAGCCAAAUGUUCUAACCCUAAGCAAGAAAACCAUAACCCUAACCCUAAAGCCGAACCCCAGCCCUAAAGUCAAACCGUAAUCGGAAACCAUAACUCUUACCGUAACACUGAAACCUGACCCUAAAAAGCAAAUCCUAAUCCUGAAACUUAACCUAAGCCUAACCCUAACCCUCACUAAAACUCAAAGGCCUGGCCGAAACGGUUGACCUUCCUAACUCAGUAGAAGCACACCUACUGAUAACAAGUUCCCUAGACAAACGAUGCGCCACCAGAUGGGAAUGACGCUCAACACACCUGAUUACGUGACGUAACAUGCUCACUCUCUUCUGCCUCGUAGGCGGUUACGUAACGGCGGUAAAAGAGAUGUUGACAUUGGGAUGGCAAUUUUUGGCCAAAUAGCUAUGGUCAGGCAACUGUAUUUGGGGUCUGAGCCCGAACUUCUAAGUGCAUUAACCGUUAUGGUGCUAGAGACAAGACUGCACAACCUUUGAGUGAAGGUCACGUCAGUUUUAAAAGCUGAACUUGUAUCACUGAGCCUAAACCGAAAUCCAAAUAAAACUUGGUCCGAACUGCCUAUUUAAAUAACUUCCCAGAAGGAUGAACUUAAAUUGGGAGUGUAAAUGUCUCCUUAUAGCGUCACAGUAAAUUACAUCAAUUUAUUUUUAAAAGAUACUGGUGAAAAAGUUUCAAUUAAUAUAUAUAGUCAGAAGCGGCUCACAGGACAGUUUCUUUGGCUGGACGACCUAAGCAGAAGUAUGUGUCUUUUCUUACGGACUGCCCAUUAUCGCCAGUGGGACCUCGGUUGGCACAUUCGCCGAGCCCGGUUUUCCUCCUUAUGGCGCAGUCGCUCGGAUGCAGACGAAAUGCGCGGUCUCUGUCUCCCCCCGAGGCUCCCCGCUACACGUCUGGACAGAUCAGCUGGCCUUUUUUGGAUUCCGAUCCUCAGAUUAGUCCUCGAGGGCUCGCAGAGUCGUGGCUGGACCCUGUGCUUGUGGUGUUCCAUUGUCCUCUCCUCCGAAGGACACCAAAACCUCCCGGCGGCACGUCGGCUUCCGCCCGGUCCGCGCUGACGAUCAUAGCAGCCGGUUCGCCUCGGGUACGACCUUCUGACUGGGUGUUCUGGUGAGUGGCCUCUCUUACGUGUUUGCAGCGUAGGUGUUUCCCGAUGACUGACCAGUUCACGUCUGGAUAAGUUUGGGGAACAUUGGCAGGAAGUACCGACGUUUGUCGCUGAGCUGAGAGAUUCUGCUGCAUCCGAUUCACCACCUCCGUCCGUGAGGAUCUCGCCCUCCUCUCCUCCCGCUGUGUCAGUGUAAAAUUGGGGGCUUCUGAAAGUUUGCCUCUGACAGGAACCACUGUACUUUUUGUUGCAUGUUUCCUGUGGUUCUUCUUUUUCUCCUCCUCCCUCUUCUUCGUCGUCGUCGUCGUACCUCCGAUCAAGUUCAUAUGGAGGUUCUUCCCCAAGUUCAGCCUCUUUUGAGGAGGCAACGACACGCCAAACAAAUCCUCUUGUUCUGGCGCAGCCGUCAUGGUUAGUGUCGGUUUGUUUAAGCGUUCGAUAGCUGUCGCUCCCUGCAUCUGAAGUGUCUACCGUACCCCGUCUCCGACGGACUGUUUUAGGUGUCUUGGAGUGAUCUCCGAUGGGCCUCGGUGAGGAUUCCGUAGAAACAGAACCAAGCUCGUCCGACCGGCCGACAUCAGUGAUUCCCUGACAAGCCCUGACGAUUGACUUGAGUCUUCUUUCAGAAAAUGAGCCCGCACUGCUCUGCCUCGACCGCAAAUGAGGCGAAGGUCUACGUUUUGGCCGGGAGUAGUCUGUUUGUCGGCGCGGUCGACUGGUGAUAAUUUCUCUGGUAGUAGGCACUCCGAGAGGUCUUCCGCGUCUGUCUCCAAAAUUCUGAAUUCGACGAUGCGACCAGUCCUCUGUAGUUCGUCUGUGAAAUGGUCGGACAGCCUGAACCGUCAUUUUAGCAGUUUUAACCAGCCUGAGAUGGGUGGCUGUGUGUAGGCUACGCCCGGUAUCCCCUCUCAGAAAACCCCGGCGCAUGCUGAUAUUCAGACGACUGUGACGAAGGCGUACGCUCUUUAUGCGGUUUCUGUCAGUGACAACAUUCCUUGGCUCUGAUUUAGCUGAUUCCAGGAGAGUUGAUCGCUUUAAUCUGCUGACUUUUGGACGAGAACCAAACAGAUGUUGGCGAGAUGUUUCGCAACUCCUACGCACGACGCCUGCUCUACGUCUGCGACAUAUGCUCACUUCUGCUUCUGUUAAAGGUGGGUGACGGGCUCUGUGGUAGUUGUCUUCGGGCGGUCGAGAACGAUCUUCUCGCCCCUGGUUUUCGUAGCCAACUGGGAUUCGCCCUGAUUGUGGUGUUGGCGGAGUCUUGGGUCCCUUAAAUGGUCGACAGUCAAAUUCGCCACUGUUUGGUCCCACGCUUUGCCGUAUAUUUAAAUCCCCAGCUUCAUCGGGCUCCUUGCGUGAGGGGAGGAAUUUAUGUACCAAGGCAUUACUAACGGGCGAGCUACCCGAAUCAUUUCGUAGGUACUGCUGAGCCUCCUUGAGAAGGUGGUUGAAUUUAACCAACAGAGAAGUAUGCUGCAAAAUAUCCAUGAAGUUCCUUUCAUGACCGUGUGUUGUAGAUCUACAAAAGGACUUUCUAAUGCAGUACUCUCAAAAAAGCAGUACCACGAUAGCAGCACAUGACAGCCAAAACUUACGACAUUGAUUGCCCGUUGCUCUGAGGCAAUAUCCUGUCUGUCAUCAGACAGUUCCGAAAGGUUCCGCUCACUGCAUUCUCCCUUUGUUCCAUGGAUAACAGAAGCAAGAAAUUUCGCAGCAUAAUUUCCUUCUCGCCAUCGCUUUGACCGGUCGAAUUCCCACCUCCAAAUCCAUCCGGGAAUCCAAUGCAUGGGAUAUUGCCUGAGAAUUCAAAUGCCGCUUGAAGUCCAGCACGAGGGUCCACAGUAGCCUCUGCGAGCGCCAUAUUUUGAGUCAAAGGGGAGACGUCCUGUAACAGAGGUAAAACCAGAUUAACUCGGUCCACGCCUUCAGUGGAGAGGCUGGCAGAGGGAGCCCGUGCCGAGGUUCGCGUAAGCACGUGUGCACUCACCUCUUGCAUUUUCUUUUACGUUGACGCCUAUCUGCCGCAGAACUUCACGUUAAUUAUUGAUCCACCAGGUGAAAGGCCAGACAGAUCGAAGUUACUGACGAACAAAAUUGAAAUCCCGCCCUCAUUGGUCGCUUCAAGGUCAGCGGUUAACUGUGUUCGACUGGAAGUGUGUAAUGAAGGGUUUUGUUAAAUCGGGAUAGGGCGACAAGCGUAAGCGGAAAAAACUGCAAAUAAGCGGGCAGUGAACUUGUUAGAAACGAGUGCUGGAUCUAGUUACAUCGUAAGUACGGGCGUCGAUUUUCAUGCGGAGUUUUUCUGUAGGAAAGGGAGGUUUCGGAAUUCAGCCUGCUUCCCCUGAAAAAGAUACUUUAGAUGCCACCGACAACUGUGAGAUUAGAAUUGGCUUUCCAUGAGGUGAGAACCCGGAAACCGCAAAAUGGAUUUUUUAUUUGAACGAUUUUCCCGGCCCCGACUGACGAAAAUUACACUGGGAGGCACAGAAUCACUCCAUGGCCUGGGUAGGGAUAAGCUUACCAACCUCUGCCACCUGAUUCAGACGAUGUGGACGUGAAAGUGCAUGCUAACACGAGGACAGUCGGGCUGGUGGGGUCCUGCCAACCCAAUGCAACAUUCUCUUUCAUGCAAAUUUACUUCCCACCCCUUGCAAGCUCAGUCCCCUUAAAUCAGUUCCACUGUCUUGUAAUCUGAUGGUUGUAGCAAUAGUGGCGGUGGAGUUUACUCCUCCUCCUCCUCCUCCUCCUCCUCCUCCUCCUCCCUCCUCCUCCUCCAAAAGAGGGUCGCGCUGUAG